AUGUUGUCUCGCUGUGGCAGAUCCGCUGCUCGUCUGCUCCCCCUUGGGAGCUCCCGGGCUAUCGUCUCCCGGGCCUCUAUCGUGCCUUCAAUCAGAUCCGUCCCACAAUCGCGGGGAGUAUCAUCUUCUCCCGAUGCUCAGCACAAGCUGCUAUCAUCCUCCUUGAAGGACUCCGACCCCGCCGUUUACGAUAUCCUGCAGAAGGAGAAAAGACGCCAAAAGCACUUCAUCAACCUAAUUCCAUCAGAGAACUUCACCUCGCAAGCUGUUCUCGAUGCCCUCGGCAGUGUUAUGCAAAACAAGUACUCCGAAGGAUACCCCGGUGCCCGUUACUAUGGUGGAAACGAACACAUUGAUGCAUCGGAGCGCCUGUGCCAGCAGCGUGCUCUCGAGACCUACCGUCUCAACCCCGAGGAGUGGGGAGUGAACGUCCAGCCUUUGUCCGGCUCGCCCGCCAAUCUGAUGGCCUACUCCGCUGUUCUCAACACCCACGACCGCCUUAUGGGCCUGGACCUGCCUCACGGUGGUCACUUGUCCCACGGAUACCAGACCCCUACCAAGAAGAUUUCCGCCAUCUCCAAGUACUUCGAGACCCUCCCCUAUCGCCUCGAUGAGUCGACUGGCUUGAUUGACUACGAUGGACUGGAGAAAAUGGCCAAUCUGUACCGCCCCAAGCUGAUUGUUGCGGGUACCUCGGCCUACAGCCGUCUCAUUGACUACCCCCGUAUGCGCGCGAUUGCCGACUCCGUGGGCGCCUACUUGCUGGCUGAUAUGGCGCACAUCUCCGGUCUCGUGGCUGCCGAUGUGCUCCCAUCUCCCUUCCCCUACUCGGACAUUGUGACCACCACCACCCAUAAGUCCCUCCGCGGCCCCCGUGGCGCCAUGAUCUUCUACCGCAAGGGUGUGCGCAGCACCGACAAGAAGGGCAACAAGAUCAUGUACGAUCUUGAGAACCCAAUCAACGCCUCCGUCUUCCCCGGCCACCAGGGUGGCCCUCACAACCACACCAUCACCGCGCUGGCCGUGGCCCUCAAGCAGGCCCAAUCAACCGACUUCCACAACUACCAACAGACCGUUCUGACCAACGCCACAGCUCUGGCCGAGCGCCUCGGUGAUUCUACCAGCAACGGUGGACUCGGCUACAACAUCGUCUCUGGCGGCACCGACAACCACCUGGUGCUGGUUGACCUGAAGAACCGCGGCGUUGACGGCGCUCGUGUUGAGCGUGUUCUUGAGCUGUGCGGAGUUGCCAGCAACAAGAACACCGUACCUGGUGACAAGUCCGCCCUCAAGCCCGGUGGUCUGCGUCUUGGCACCCCCGCCAUGACAUCGCGUGGCUUCCAGCCCGAGGACUUCCGUCGCGUGGCUGACAUUGUCGACCGCGCUGUCAUUAUCACCCAAAAGUUGGACAAGGUUGCUCGUGAGCACGCUCAGUCCAAGGGUGUCAAGAACCCCGGCACAGUCAAGGCUUUCCUGGAGUACCUGGGUGAGGGUGAGGAGAUCUCUGAGAUUGUUCUCCUGCGCCAAGAGGUCGAGGACUGGGUCGGCACAUUUAGCUUACCCUGGUCUGAGGACCAGUAG